CCUUUUCAAAAAAUUAUUUUCAUAUAUAUUUUUCAAAAUACAUAGCUAAUAAUUGUAUUCUGGCAGCAUUUCGAAUUAAUUGACGUAAGCACCGAUUGGCAUCUCAUGCAGUAUUGCCAUGGCUACCAAAAUGUAUACAAACAAACGGAAUUGCACUUUUAUAACGCUCAGGAAGCACAUCCGCAUAAUAAAAAUUGCUAAUAGAAAGGAAAAUCUAUAAUUUUAUACUUUAAAUCACUCUCUGCCAUGCCUGACUCACCAACUACAGCCAGUUAUUUCAAUAUCUUCAUUACUGGCCAAUUGGAAGCAAUGGAAUUCCCAUUAGGUCCAAGUGCAGCCGAAGUGUUUUGUCGCUACGAAGUAGUGUACGGUCCUGAUUGGGAAUUGGUAUCCGGUAUACAAAAUGGCAUUUCGCAAACCGCUUCGAAUAAAAGUGGUUACUUUAAAGACAAAAUCAUAUUCAACCUGCCAUUAGAAUGGACAUUUAAGAGCACAACGCCUUUUGGUUGGCCACAAUUGAUCGUGUGCAUAUAUGGCCGAACUCGUUGGGGUGCGGAGACAUCUCUGGGUUAUAGUCGUAUAAAUUUGCCGGUAUUUGGCGCGGAUGCCAACAGCCCCAUCGUUGCCCCCAUACUUUGUCCACGAAAUAGCAAUAUGGUGUCGGAGUUAGCCAGUUGGAUAACAGGCCGUAACCCUGAAUUAAAAGAUCCGAAAACUUUAUUGAGCAGCGGCAAGUUGAAAGGCAUUUCAGCGGAAUCUUAUGGCGAGGUCAUCUUUAAACUUGCAACUAUAUUAAGAGGUACGAAUCGGCUAGGCUAUGAUUGGGGUUAAGGCUUCUAAAAUGUGUUGUGCUGACUAAGGAAUUGAAGAAGUCUUUGAAAUAACUUUCAACUACUCUAUAAAAUGGUACUUUUUAAUUCCAAUCGUAAUUCAACUAAUAUAAAACGAAUAAGCGUAAUCGGUUAGUUUUUCAAAUAUUCAGUACGAUAUUUGCUUGUUGCUAAUAAUAACAAUAAAUUUGUAUAGGAAAAUCAGAAAAUUCGUUAUCUCUUAGUUUUCUGGUUUCUUCCAGUUCAAUUAUACAUUAUAAUAUUUCAAUACUCCAUUGCUUAAAAUAAAAUACAGCC